UUCGUUUUAUUAAGUCUUAAGAAAAUCACCUGCUUACCAUCUCCUAGCCAAAAAAACUUUCACUCUCUUUUCCAGGAAUUCCAAAUGGCUCCCAAGGCCGCAGAGAAGAAGCCGGCUGAGAAAAAGCCAGCGGCGGCAGAGAAAGCCCCAGCGGAGAAGAAGCCAAGGGCAGAGAAGAAGAUACCCAAAGAAGGAGCGAUUGACAAGAAGAAGAAGAGGUCAAAGAAGAACGUCGAGACCUACAAGAUCUAUAUCUUUAAGGUCCUGAAACAGGUCCAUCCUGACAUUGGGAUCUCAAGCAAGGCAAUGGGUAUCAUGAACAGUUUUAUCAACGAUAUCUUUGAGAAACUCGCUCAAGAGUCAUCGAGGCUUGCAAGGUACAACAAGAAGCCUACCAUUACUUCUCGGGAGAUCCAGACAGCUGUCAGACUGGUUUUGCCUGGAGAGCUUGCGAAACAUGCUGUCUCUGAAGGGACCAAGGCUGUUACCAAGUUUACCAGUUCGUAGGUGGCCAUGUCUAGGGUAUAUGAGAAUGUUUUGUGGGUUUUUCUGUAUUAGUCUUUCAUUUUACAUGUAAAGGUUUAGGUUCUGAUCUUAGUGGAAAUCAGAAGGAGCCCCGUCGAAACAAUGAAGCUUUAAUUGCCGGCUUAAAUGCUUAGUGGAAAUAAUAUUUCAAUCUCUUGACUA